AUGGCUUCUACCAAUCGAGAAAACAGCGUAUCGUCAUCACAAAGUGUUUCGAUGUUUGAUUUAGAACCAAAUCCGUUUGAACAGAGUUUUGCGUCGACGAAGAAGUCGAACUCGGUGCCUGGGGUUAUUGCAUCCAGUCAGCAGGCUCCAGAUUCCAGGGUUAGGAGCGCACAUGUUCCAGUCACAGAGAGGAAUUCAACACUAUCGAUAUCAGAGAUAACUUCGAAUAACCGAGGAACAACACCGAAUGAUCAGAGGAAACCUUCCCCUUUCUUGUAUGGGGCUCAGAAACCAAACCUAGCUUCUCCACCGCUGCUUACACCAGGAGGAUCUAAGCGAUUACCUCCGAUUAUCUUUCCACCGAAUUUCAUACAACAAGUGCCUGGUGAACCUUCAUUGAUAGAUCAAGGACCAGCAGCCUCUUUGGCAACUGUGAGUCCCAAGGAUAAUCGACCCAGUACAGUUGAGGUGCAGCGGCCUCCGUUAACUUUGAGUUUGUCUAGGAGUGGACUAAUCCCGAAUGAAUCUAACUUAAGGACUGGCUUGACGCCGAAUAUUUUGACACCCGGGCAUCAACUACCUCCAACACACUAUCCUUACCAUCCAUUGCCUUACUACCACGGACCCAAAGUAGAUUCGCAUGAUGAAUUAAAACCAAAUAAUGGUAUGAACUUGGGUCUCGGAGUUCCAAAUGCAAAUGAGCUCAACAACAAUCCCCAGUCACUCACGCCUGGUUUGGGAUCCUUACUGGCAUUUUCACCAGGUCAAACUUCACAAAGGACCAUUGGCACAUUACCGAGAAACGGUAGUCCUCAGGCGGACACAAGUGUUCAAGCGGACUCUACUGCCAUCGAAGAAGCAGCUAACAAGGAUUCCAUCAUCGAGCCUACUAUAUCGACGACUGGUACGAAGCAAAGAGGAACCUCUUUUUCGAAUUCUCCUUCAAGAGCAUCUGCACGUAAGAAGAGAAAGACCAGUGUUACAUCAAAAGGUAUAAAAUCAACCAAAAAUAGUCAAAAGAGUACUUCAUAUUCCACUGAUCCUAAGUCUUUAGCAAAGAACAAUAAUGCUGAUAAAGAAAGUGACGAUGACCAAGAACGUAAACGUAAAGAGUUUUUAGAAAGGAAUCGUGUGGCCGCCUCAAAAUUCAGACAAAGGAAGAAAGAAUAUAUUAAGAAGGUUGAGAUGGACCUAAAAUUUUACGAAGCCGAGUAUGAGGAUAUGUCUCGGGCGAUGAACAAAAUGUGUGGUAUCAAUCAAGGAUCAAAUUCACCGUCAAACUCGUUGGUUUGUAUGCUUGAGACUGCAGUAUCAAAGAAUGAUAUCCCUUCCUCAUUAUCCAUCCUAACGCACAUCAAACAAGUCCUCUAUGAAACAAGAUAUUUUCAGCGCAAUGGAAAGAACCCAAGAUCUGGGAUCGAAUACUCUCAGGAAUCGGAAGAAGAGGAUAAGCAUGGCACAGAUAAAGAGCGCUCUAUGUCGCGAAGUCGGCAUGGGAGCUUAGUAGGUCAUCCUUCAUCUUCAAACUCCAUUCAAAGUUCUGAUAGCCAUACGGCAGGCCCUAUGGCAGCUUCUUUUAUCGCUAAUGGGGCACCACAUUCAUCGAGUACGCGUUCCAAUGUUUCGUCAUUGGGAAUUGAGAGUGCGUCGAUAGGAACAGAUAAUACUUCGGCGCCCUCCUCAGUGAGGCCGGACGAUCCCAAUGCUGCAGAUUUCCCAGGCCCCUACGACGAGAAGAAUCGGUCGACAGCACAGCCUGUUGCCAGUGCCAUAGGGACGAUCAGCACGCUCCCAGAUGUGAUAAACGGGAGACAAGUGAUUCCGUUAAACGGAAUCGACCCUCAACCAGAUUCUAAUUCAAACAACGUGUCAGAAAUAAGGCAAAGCUCGCUGGUCAAUAUAACGACUUGCCUUGGCAGCCCGCAGCCGAUACCCUCACAGUACCCAAAUUCUAACUAG